AUGAACCCACUGGGCACACCGGGCGGAGUCGUCAGUCCGCGGAACGAGCGGGCCUUCGACCUGCUGCGGGAGGCUAGACAGGCCAAGGACGCCGACUCUCCUCGCUUUUUCAAGGCCGCCGUGCUGAAAACCUACUUUACACCUUGUGCUGACAUCAGUGGACCAGGUGGCGCGGGAGCCAAGGAGACGAAACCGACCAUCAGGCAGCUGGAGGCGAUUUUCGAGGUCCCGCGAUCUACUGUCGGCAAAUGGAUCGCGCAUCACCGCCAUCAAGCCGAUCUCUUCGCCCGUUCUACCCUCGAUCAGGCAGUUGAUCUAGUUCAGGAUGACGCCAUCUCGGGGGACCGCAGCGUCUUCCUCCGGUCGGAGGAGCUCAAGAUCGUUAACUACCUUUUUGUUCGGAGCGCAUUUGCUCACGUCGCCCUCACCAAACCCAAUACAAUCGAACUCUUCAUGCGCCUGUCUCAAGUUCCACGACCAGAUGGAAAGCCUCGCCGCCAGUUCGGUCCCAACGGCCCGAGCGAGUCGUUUUUGGAGCGGUUUUUCGCCGAGUUUUCCGACGAACUCCGCUGGAUCACUGCACACUCGAUCGAAACCAUUCGUACGGCCGCGAUGAACGAGGAAACCCUCAGAAGCUUCUUUGAGCGCCUGCAGGAGCUUUGCGACAAGUCUGGAGGGAAGCUGUGGGCCGAGCCUGGGCGGAUUUUCAGCUGCAUUCCAUCGCUUCUCACAUUCGAGGAGUUGCUGCGAGCGCCCCCGCUGACACCGUCGUUGAGCUGCACCGAGCCUGCCACUGUCCGAACCGUCAAGCCGAACAAGGCCUACUCGCCCCAAGAUGCGGCACAGCGUGCUACCCAACACGAGCGAGAAGCUCGGGAACAAGAAAAGGCUCAGGUUGCGCCUCUCAUGGAGGAGUACAAACGAGCGAUGAGGACCUACGAAGACAAAAUCGAGCCCUUCAUGAAUCAGCAGGACCAACUCAAGUCGACGAUCGCUGCCGACCAGACCCGGCUCGCAGAACUCGAGGCAGACGACUCGGCAGCCGCUCUGGUUGCAGACGUGCGUGCGCAACUUCACGCGAACCAGCAGAGGCUCGCUAAAGUCAACGCGACCGUGAAGCAAAUGGUCGCCGCAAAACCCAAGCGCCCCGACGUCCGACACGUCCGCGCGCUUGCCGCCUCGAAAGCAGCAGCUGCGGCACCGGCUUUGCAAUCGGUUGCGACGAUGGCGGUUGAGCAGGACGACUCUGACGACGAAUGCGAAGAGGACGGCAUUCCGCCGUCGCCAAUGCAGGUGACUUCUGCCGCUCCAGCGCGCUCCAGGAAGAGAAUCUAUGAAAGAGACUCUGACGACGAGGCCGCUCCAUCAUUUGAAACAGCCCAGAGUGGCGGGUCGGACGAGAAUGUGACCUAUUCGCUGUCGUCAAGAUCUCUCGAGCGGCUGAAGGAACCCCGUCUUGCUACUCGCAGCUCAUCGCGGCUCAUUUUGCCUCCAGGUAUGACACUCAGUCGUGCCAACACAAGUGGCGUGAGCAGCUGGCUGACAAACGACAUGGCGGCGAUGCAGCUUGUGUCAACCGAUGAAAAUGUGUCGUCCACGCCGAAAACCGAUCGCCGGAAGCGACUCGCGCUAUCUGACCUCUCCAAUUCGAACUAA